GGGGGGGGUUUCCGGUUGGAGAUGGGAGACGUCUACUAUGAUUUACAGAUGGGAGAUAGGCUUUGAUUUUUGGGGUUUAACAGCCGGACUAUUUCGGCAAAGCAAGUGGACGGUUGAUGCAAAGGCACAUACGAUGUAGUGUGCACACUUUGCACACUAGCACACUUGCACACUUGCACACUUGCACACCUAUUGUACUGCCAUAAGUUUGCGCAGCUGAGGACCCCGAUUUCCUAGUGAAAAGCAGCUCAGUGACACUGCUCGCUAUGGUUGACAGAAAAACCACCACUAUACUAUUGUUUGGAGUAUGCGAAUGUAUGCUCUUAUUCUUGCCUUGUCAAAGUGAGCAGACAGUGUUUGACCUUCAAAGUGACCCCUCGUUUGCAAGUUCCCAUUAUUUUUUCAUUUUCCGUUCGUCUCUCGCGCGGUACCACCACGGCGAAUAAACAAGGGAAAUACUGGAUUUCCUUUUGCCUUUGUGCCCUUUAUAUUUUUACGUUAUUUCCUUGAAUUGCGUCCAAACGGCCCCCAUGUUGGACCUUUUUUACCCGGCUUUGAAAUUGACUUUUUGUCACGCAAGAUGGUUUUAUUUAAACAUGGAGGACUUGAACUUCCGUCCGCCUUUCUGGUUUGCUCUCACCUCUUGCCCACUUGACACUCUUGUCCACCAUGUUGCUGCUUCGUGCGUCGACGCUUUAUGUAUUGUUGACGACGUUCAUAGCGGCGAGUGCAACACGGUUUCGUCGUGAUUCACAGCCCGUCAAAACUGUCGUCGUCUUUGGGGACUCGUUUUCCGACACUGGCAACAUUGAAAAAAUCUAUGGUUUCCCUGUCGCACCAUACUAUCAAGGACGCUUUUCCAAUGGUCCCGUGUGGGUGGAAUACAUUGCUCAGGCGCUGAACAAUGCGACCAUGGUCAAUCAAGCGUACGGUGGAGCUGUAGCAAAUCGCCAGAACCUUCCCUUGAGGGCAUCCACUCGAAAUGACACAUAUCCACCAGACGUCAAUGAACAACUGGCCUGGUAUCUCGGAAACACCACGACGCUUCCAGACCCAACUACAACACUCUACCCAAUCUUUAUCGGAGCAAACGAUUAUCUCCACACUCUGGCUGCAGGCGGCCUACCUGUAACGAGCACCAUCGCCGGUUCAGUCGUCGCAUUUAUCAAAUCCCUCCACACAUCCAACCUUAAAGCCUCCCGAAUGGUGGUGAUGACCCUUCCUGAUUUUGCCAAAAUUCCAUCGUUUACCCGUUUAACAAAGAAUUCAAACUCUACUGGCCUCCCACCCGACGCACUCGCUCAGCUCGCCACAUCCUUUUCAACCCAACAUAAUGCAGCCCUAGAAAAAGGCAUCAAAGACCUAGUUGCAUCCACCCCUGGAUUAAGAAUUGAUCUGGUCGAUCUCUUUAGUCUCUUUAACCGUGCCAUCUCCAAUCCUACUUCUUUCAACUUGACCAACGUUACGGCACCUUGUUUAUCCUUUUCUCCCGGUACUACCCCAACGGCAUUGGACACUUCUGUAAACAAGGACCCCUCCCUCAUUACAACAUGCCCGACUCCGAAUUCGUAUCUCUUUUGGGAUAACACCCAUCCCACGACCAUUGCUCACAAGUUUGUGGCAGAUGAGACCUUGCGAGUAUUUAAUCAGCCCACUUCCAACACUGUGACGCCCAACAAUGGCUCAAACAGCUCUACGACCGAAAACAAAAAGAAUGCGGGUGUGAAGACUGUUGGUGGAGGUAGUGCAUCGGCUUUGGGUGCCCUCAUGGUGGCCAUAACCUACUGGAUAAUGUGAUUCCCAUAUCUGUAUUAGAAGUUACUGUAAUCCAAAACUACCUCUGAAAUAAAAUAAUUCUCAACACUCUUGUAAAAAAAAAAAAAAAA